AUGGCGCCGCCGCGGAAGAAAAAAAUCAGCGGAGAAGUGAUCGGAAUCGACCUGGGGACAACCUACUCGUGCGUCGCCGUUUCCCGAAACGGCAAGGCGGAGAUCAUAGCCAACGAUCAAGGCAACCGCACCACCCCUUCCUCCGUCGCCUUCACAUACGCCGAUACAAAUUCGGAGCGUCUUAUCGGCGAUGCCGCCAAAAAUCAGGCGGCUCUCAACCCCCGCCGCACCAUCUUCGACGCCAAGCGCCUCUUCGAAGACGCAGAAGUCCAAUCCGACCUCAAAUAUCUCCCUUACCCCGUCGUCAACAGAAACGGAAAACCCUACAUCGAGGUAGAGCUCAAAACCGCCUCCGCCGGCGGGAAAGACGAGGCGAAAGCAUUCAGCCCUGAAGAAAUCAGCGCCAUGAUUUUGGGGAAAAUGAAGGAAACCGCCGAAUCCUACCUCGGGAAACCAAUAAUCGGAGCCGUCAUCACUGUCCCGGCCUACUUCAACGACGCGCAGAGGCAGGCCACGAAGGACGCGGGGAGAAUCGCCGGUCUGAACGUCCUCAGGAUCAUCAACGAGCCGACCGCCGCCGCGAUUGCGUACGGGCUAAUUAACAAGCAAACCAAGCGGAAAAGGAAGAAGGACGACGCCAACGACGCCAAGGAUGCGAAGAGUAAGAUUCUGGUGUACGAUUUAGGAGGCGGGACGUUCGACGUCAGCGUGCUGGAACUAGACGGGAGGGAGUUUCGCGUGCUGGCGACCGGCGGAGACACGCAUUUAGGCGGAGGAGACUUCGAUCAGAGAGUGUUGGAUUAUUUCAUGAAAUUGAUUAAAAAAAAGCACAGCAGAGAUAUCGGGGAAGACAACAAGGCGCUAGGGAAGCUGAGGAGGGAAUGCGAGAGGGCGAAGAGGGUGCUGAGCAGCCAGAGCGAGACGAGGAUCGAGAUCGACUCUCUGUUUCAAGGAAUGGACUUCUCUGAAUCACUGACGAGGGCGAAAUUCGAGGAGCUGAAUCUGGAUCUGUUCAACAAGACGCUGGAGGUCGUGAAGGAGACGAUGAAGGAUGCGAAGCUCGAGAAGGGCGAGAUCGACGAGAUUGUGCUGGAGAUGUUCGACGGGAAGGAGCCGAGUAAAGGUGUCAAUCCUGACGAAGCUGUGGCUUAUGGUGCUGCUGUCUUGGGAGCCAAGCUAAAGGGUCAAGCCGCUAGAUAUGAUAUUACUUUGUUUGAUGUAACUCCAUUGAGUUUGGGGGUUAGCGUUGUUGGUGAUUUGAUGGCGACAGUGAUCCCAAGAAACACCACCAUCCCUGCGAAGAUGUCACAGACUUUAUACAGCAUUGAAGACCGGCAGACCACUAUGGGCUUCGAGGUACUUCAAGGUGAAAGAACUCUAGCCAAGGAUUGCCUUAUGCUUGGACGUUGUUUAGUAGGAGGUGUGCCGCCGGCUCCAAGGGGUGUUGGCAGUAUUGAGGCUACCUUUGAGAUCGACGCGGAUGGAAUACUGAGCGUAACUGGCAAAAACCACGUGACCAAGAAAUCCGAAUCUCUGGUCAUUGACACCUACAGAGGAAAUUUGACGGAGGAAGAGAUCGAGAGGAUGAUUAGGGAGGCAGAGAUGAUGGCCGAGGAGGACAAGAGAGCGAAGGCUCGUGUUGAAGCGAAGUUGAACUUGGAGAGAUACAUAAGCGAUGUCAAGGCGGCAGCUGCUAAUCGCUUCCCCACGUCACCAGCUGGGUCGCUUGCAACCAAGGCUUCAGGCCCAUCUAGCCAUUCAGGAUCACACAGCCUGCUUCGCCUCCAUGUCAGGCCGUCUAGCCCAGGACCGCCUUCAGUCUGGCCGCCUCCCACUAGGUUACGCGCCCCACAAUCUCUCCAAGUGUGCACGCGGGCCUACCCGCACUCGCGGAUCCAAUCGGCCCAUUCAAGUCCGCCCCGUCUAUCCUUGCUCCACUCCGCGUCAAAAAUAAUAUUGCCGCCGCGAGGAUUCGAACUCGCGCCACUCCUGCACUACACAAGCAUUCUGACCAUCAGGCUACACGAGACUCUUGUGUUUCAAUGGCGCGGGGUCAACUUAAAAACCUUCCGCAUCCGGCCCAACUCGCGGCACGUCCCGCCUCAAAAAACUAUCGUCGCCGCGAGGAUUCAAACCAGCGCCACUCCUAUGCCAGACAUGCGACAUUACCAGCAGUCUACAUACGCGCCUUGUGACCAUAUGACGCGGUACUCUUAUUUCAACAACAUUCCACGCGUAGAUGAAGCCCAAACUCGCGGACCCGUGUCCGCCCCGCCUUCAUACUUCCGGCCCGCUUCGCCAGGGACCCGCGGCCCACAUCAGCCGGACGCGCGGAUCCCCAUCGCGUCCGGCCCGCUUCGCCAAGGACCCGCGGCCCACAUCAGCCAGCCCCACUUCGAAGCAUGCUCCGCCCCACACAGGCCCAACUCGCGGCCCGAAGUCGCGCCCCAAACCCGCGGACCCGUGUCCGCCCCGCCUUCAUACUUCCGCCCCGCUUCGCCAAGGACCCGCGGCCCACAUCAGCCAACCCCACUUCGAAGCAUGCUCCGCCCCACACAGGCCCAACUCGCGGCCCGAAUUCCAUAG